AUGCCGGAAACAAAAAAUUCAUCACGGAGAGGCCGUACAGGUUGCCUGACAUGUCGACGCCGACAUCUGAAAUGCGAUGAAGAGUUCAAGCCAGACUGCACUCGUUGUCGCCGGAGUGGUCGAGAAUGCGUUCCAGAUGAUCUGCUCACAUUUCGAAACAGCCAAAAGGUCGCUGCCAGGGGACAACUUAAUACUCCUUCCAGCCCAAUCAAGAAGAUCCGCGUCCACAGAGAUCCACAUGAUGUCUUUGGUGACGAGCAGAAAUGGGUGGACACACCUCCAAUAAUAUCCUUCAUCGACGAGACAGCUCAUGUGGACGCUGAAUAUCGACAUCAUCAACUGCGUUACAAGAGUACCGUUGGCGAUUCUUCGAUAAUUGAAGAUCCCGAGCAAUCGCCUCAAGACGACGAGGUCGAGGAUUUUCCUCCCAUAACGACUGAGGAUGAGGCCGACGGUCCACGCAAGCAAGACCAAAGCCAGACCCAGUCUGUUCCACCCUCAUCAUAUCUUCAGGAAUCUUCCUUUCUCGUCUUAAACAGGCCGCCGACUUCGACUUCACAAGAUGGACAUGAGCACCUUGUGCAUAGCGACAACUCCGACUUUGCUGAAGUCACACGAGUAAUCUCUCAUCCCUCAUACCCGGCGUUCAUAUCUCCUGUCGUUUCCCACUCCAGCCUCGUGGUGGGAUCAGUCGGCAAUUUAAGCAGCCAUAGCCUUCCGUCCGAAGCGUCACGCCUUCAACUCUACGGUCCUAGAAUGCCACUGCCGUUCCAGGAUGCUCAGGAAGCCAUUCUCUUCCAAUAUUACAUGGAAUCACUGGCCGGCCAGCUCGACAUUACGGACAUGCAACGCCACUUUGCAGUAGAUGUGCCAGAGCGUGCCUUGUUCUGUCCUGUGCUGCUCGAGGCAUUAUUAGCCUUUUCUGCUCGACAUCUCAGCCGAACCUCCGAAUUCGACCCCGCCGUUGCCGAUCACCAUCACCAGGCUUGCGUGCGACUUAUGAUACCGAUGCUUGACCAGAAGGAGCUGGUCGCUGAUGAGACUCUGUUCGCGGCAACGGUAAUUCUCAGAGCCUUUGAAGAAACCAGCGAGUCGAAGAUGGGCUCGGAGCCAGAGCGCCACCUGACGGGCACGUCAGUCUUUGCAAAUGCUCAACUUGAAUUUCAAACUUGGGGAGGCUUGGGACACAAUGCUUUCUGGAUCUAUGUUCGUCAGUGCAUCUACAUGUCACUCCUGACACAGACUCAGCUCAAGGUUGAUCUGAAAGGCUGGGAAGAGCAAUUGAGUUUUGACUUGGGUUUCGAUGAAACGAAUGAUUGCACCUGGGCGCAACGCAUGAUAUGGAUCGUGGCCGAAGUCGUCAGCUGCUGUUUCGGGAACAACGACGCUGACUGGGAGGGCUUGAAAGCAAAGAUUGACAUGUGGGAUCUGCGCCGGCCCAAGAGUUUCGACCCAAUCCUAUAUCGACCGAGGGAUGUGGAAGCAAAGAGAUGGUAUCCAGAGAUACGGCUCGGCCAUCCUUGGCAUGUCACCGGCAUGCAGUACUACUAUAUCGCCCGACUCUUCCUCGCCAUCUACAAUCCCAGUGCCCCCAAAGUUGGGCUGGGAUACCAACGUCUUCGCCGCACUAUGGAUGAGGAGGUCCUAAAGAAUGCAGAGGCAAUAUGUGGGAUAUCACUCGCUACCCCACUGGCGGCAGCCAGAAUUACGACCUGCACUGCUCUCGUUGCGUGCGGGCCAUGGUUCCAUGAUCGACCUAUAGAGCAACAGGAGCUGAUAUUGCAGCUGUUGAAGAGAGCAGAAGUCGAAAAUGCAUUGCCCACAGCGAGUCUCGCCCAAGGCCUUAAGGAGGAAUGGAAUUGGGUGUAA